AGCUUUGUUCUUUCAUGAAAGCGUUCUUUUGCGCAUCGCAGCGAUAUCCGAUCUUUCAUAUUUUCACCGUGGAUACGCGCAAGAGUGGUCUUGCGAUUUUAUUCUAUUUGGAAACCUGAUAAGUAGAUCGGAGUAGCGCAGAACCAUUCGUUCGAACCUCACCAGCUCUACCUGGUGCCUUGUUUUCGAAGACAUUUCUCUUACUUGAUCACCUAUCUGCCAGAAUAAAUCACAGAUAAACUCUCCACAAUGGGAGUCCCAGCAUUGUUCAGAUGGCUGGUAAGUUUCGAUUUUCAUCCUUCAUCGUUCUACGUUUUGCUAACAAUGUUGUUUGACCAUGUAGACCAAGCAAUAUCCCAAGAUUGUGUCUCCUGUCAUUGAAGAACAACCGCGCGAAAUCGAUGGCCAAAUCAUCCCGAUUGAUAUAACAGGACCCAAUCCAAAUGGGGAGGAAUGCGACAACCUAUAUUUGGACAUGAAUGGAAUCGUUCACCCAUGUAGUAUGUUCAUCCCAUUACCUCAAAUAGUCGAUUUAUCAUUUUUUGAAUUAUGCUAAUACACAAUUUCCAGGUCAUCCAGAAGAUCGCCCUCCACCCAAAGAUGAGGAGGAAAUGAUGCUGGAAAUCUUCAAGUACACGGAUCGAGUAGUUAAUAUGGUGCGACCUAGGAAAUUGUUGAUGAUUGCUAUUGACGGAGUAGCACCACGUGCUAAGAUGAAUCAACAACGAUCCCGUCGAUUUCGUUCCGCGCAAGAGGCAAAGGAAAAGGCGGAGGAUAAGGCAGAGUUGCUUAAGAUGCUGAAAUCACAAGGUAGCCAGGUUGAAGAGACAGAAGUCAAGAAAGCCUGGGAUUCUAACGAAAUCACUCCCGGUACUCCGUUCAUGGACAUAUUGGCCGCUAGCCUCAGAUAUUGGAUUGCAUACAAACUCAACACUGACCCUGCUUGGGCAAAGAUGAAAGUCAUAAUCUCAGAUUCAACCGUUCCAGGGGAGGGUGAACAUAAAAUCAUGGAAUUUGUCAGAUCCCAAAGAUCUUCUCCCGAUCAUGAUCCUAACACCCGACAUGUCAUGUAUGGAUUAGAUGCCGACUUGAUCAUGCUGGGUCUAGCAACGCAUGAACCUCAUUUUCGUAUUCUGAGAGAAGAUGUGUUCUUUAAUGAUGGAAAGCCACGUACCUGCAAACUGUGCGGCCAACAUGGCCAUGAAGCCCGAGAAUGCAAAGGCAUGUACAAGAUAAAGGAUGGUGAGUUUGAUGAAAAGGCUAGCGCCCCUACGCUCAAACCGUUUAUUUGGCUACACGUCUCUAUCCUUCGUGAAUACUUAGCAGCAGAGAUGUAUGUUCCUAGCCAACCUUUUAGAUUUGAUCUUGAAAGGGCUCUUGACGACUGGGUUUUUAUGUGUUUCUUUGUCGGCAAUGAUUUCUUACCUCAUCUUCCUAGUCUCGAGAUUCGAGAGGAUGGUAUUAAUACCUUGAUUGCCAUCUGGCGUGAUAAUAUUCCCUACAUGGGUGGUUAUUUGACUAAAGAUGGUCAUGUUGACCUCGAAAGAGCUCAGUUCAUUCUUGAUGGCCUAGCUAAGCAAGAAGAUGCCAUCUUCAGGCGAAGAAGAAAGGCAGAAGAGAACUUCCAGAAGAAGCGUAAGCUCAACAAUGAGCGAAACGAACGGUAUGGCCGUGGCCGUGGAAACAACGGCGGUGCUCAGGAUUCUCCAUCUAACGGUAGACAGCCUCCUGGUGGAGCUGCUCCGACCGGUUUACCACUUUUCACUCCUGGUAUGGCCAACAGGGAAGCCAAGGCUAUAUCCCAUGAUAUGGUAAUGAACCGAGGUGCAGCUUACAAGGCCAGUAUAGCCAACAAGAGCGCGGCCGUAGCACUAAAGGAGAUGAUAAAUGGCAAGCCAACUGAUGAUGAUAACGGUGAGCCUAGAGCCGAUGACAAUUCAGCGGAAUUACCAGCAACGGCACUGGGAAAACGUAAAGCGGAGCUCAUUGAGGAUGAUGACAGCAGUACGCCAGGACGUAACACACCCAUUCCAGGGACACCAGGAACCCCGACAACACCUGGAGAUGACCUUCCUCCUGACACCGUUAGACUGUGGGAAGAUGGUUACGCUGAUAGAUACUAUGAGCAGAAGUUCAACAGAGAUCCUAAAGACACUGAGUUUCGCCAUCAGGUUGGUAAAGCCUAUGUCGAAGGAUUGGCAUGGGUUUUGCUAUACUAUUUCCAAGGAUGUCCGUCUUGGGAUUGGUAUUAUCCGUACCACUAUGCCCCUUUCGCCGCCGAUUUUGCAAAUCUUAAGGAAAUGAAGAUCAAUUUCCAGAAAGGCAGAAUCUUCAGGCCAUUUGAACAACUUAUGGGAGUCCUUCCAGCGGCUUCAAGACAAGCUAUUCCAGAACAGUUUCACCAUCUGAUGACCAAUGAAGACAGUGAAAUUAUCGAUUUCUAUCCAGAGGAUUUUAUAGUUGAUUUGAACGGUAAGAAAUUCGCCUGGCAAGGUGUUGCUCUACUGCCAUUCAUUGACUCGGAGCGAUUGCUCGAUGCAAUGGCUAAGGUAUACCCCACAUUGCCGGUGGAUGUUUCAGCCCGCAAUGGCCUUGGACGAGACGUUCUUUUAGUGUCAGAAUCCCAUCAUGCUCUUUACGACGAGAUAACUAGCAAAUUCUAUUCAAAGAAACAAAGCUCACCUCAUAUGAAGUUAAACCCCAAGGUUAGUGAAGGCUUGACUGGACGAGUUGAGAAGAAUGAGGAUUACCUCCCUUAUAGCUCUUUGGUUUUUCCACUGGAGAGUGGGGCUAUGCCCGGUCUUGACGAAGAUCGAUCAAUACGGUAAGUAAACAUCAACAUUCUGACCGUAUCUUACUUACAGUUCAUCUAGUGUACAUUACGAAAUGCCCAAAUCUACCCAUAUCCACAAGUCUAUGUUAUUAGUCGGAGUUGAUUUUGGCCAACCGGCACUUAAUCAAAGCGAUAUCGAAAUGACAAAAAGCAGGGCGUCUAGAUCAGGCCGAAAUUAUGGCGGAGUGCCAUUACAAGGUGAUGGAAGGGGUCGUAACCAAUUCAAUUAUGGUUCUGGUAAUAACAAUCGCGGCAACGGCAAUCGUUACAAUGGUCCAGGAACAACAGCACCUAGGUACAAUAAUCAAUCUCACGGCUCUCAGAACAACUACAACAAUUACAGUCAACCACCACCGCCACCAGGCUGGCAGCCUCCCCCACCAGGAUCAUACGGUGGGCCUCCUCCACCGCCCCCUGGAUCGUACGGUGCGUAUCUUCCACCACCGCCCCCUGGAUAUGGAGGUGGUUACAGCAACUACAACAACUAUGGUGGGCGACGUUAAAUAGAUGGCUCUGCCGAUAUCUGCGAAUCUACCAUUGAAAGAUAACAUAUAUCUAUAUAAUGCCUGAGUCUAUUUCAUCACACAUGUUUCAUAUUGCAUUCUUGUAUCAUCAUAACAGCGCAUAAUGAUUGGAUUGGGAUUUAACAAGAAAAUUCUUGUUGCGGUGGCUAUUGUUCGAAGGAAUUAUAUGCAAAUGUUGAUGCCGUGCUCUGAAAACAUUUUAUCGGCGCAGAGCAUUAGCAUGAUCCCAAUACUAUUAUCCAACAGGGGCACAUUUAUUGUAGUCAAGUAUUUAGAUUGUAUGGAAUAUGCAUCAACGAGUUCUGGUAUUAGCACCUUAAUCUUCAGGAAUAAACCGAUGUAA